AUGGAAAACGAAGAAGAAAAAACAAGCAUAACGAUUGAGAGAAAAAAAAAAAAAGAUAAAAAAAAAAAGGAUAAAAAUAAUAAAAAAAAAAAUGCUAAGCCUAGUGAUAUAGUAAGUUGUAUCACCUUUUUAUCGAAGGAUCAAAAACGUUACUCCAAAAAGGAGCAAAUAUACAGUGACGAUGAAAGUAGUGAUGACUCUGAUGUGGACGAUAUUUCACGCAAACGAAAAAAAAAAGAUAAGUAUAUGAUAAAUUCUAUAUUUCAAAAUGAGAAAAAAAGUAAAAAAAUAAUAUCAGAAGAUUUGAUUAUAUCUGAUGAUAAGAAAUAUAUAUAUGAAGAUGAAUUAAAUAUUGAAAAAACAGAUUCGAUAAUAUUAAAUGGAAAAAUAUAUAAUGAUGUUGGGACAUUAGAAUUACAUAUUUUUAAUUAUGAUGAGUCUAUAUUUAAUAUAUACGAUGAUACAAUAAUAGAUAAUUAUCCUUUAUGUAUGGAUGUUGUAAAUUCAUCAUAUUAUAAAAAUACUAAUUUAGUUGCUAUAGGUACAUUAGAUAAAAAUAUAGGAUUAUGGGAUAUACAUUCGAUGGACUCACUAGAGCCAGUAUGUUACUUGGGAAGUCAGGAUAAUAUAUAUGAUGAAAUCCAUUUAAAUGGCAAAAAAAAAAAGAAAAAUGCAAAAAACAAAAAGAAACGGAAAGUAGAACCGGAAGCAGGACAAGAAAUCCAAGAAGCGGAUGAAGCAAAAGAAUUGGAUGAAGUAAAAGAAGUGGAUGAAGUGCAGGAAGAAUUACAAAACGACGAAUCAGUAGCAUAUGAAAACGCUACAAUAGGAGAUAAACCAUCGAGCUAUGAAAAAAAAAAAAAAAAAAAAAAAUAUAAAAAUGAACUUCAAGGACACACAGAUAGUGUAACGUGUAUAAAUAUUUCAAAAAUAAUUCCAAAUUUAUUAUGUAGUGGUUCAAAAGAUCAUACUAUAAAAUUAUGGGAUUUAAGUAGUCUUAAAAUUUUACAUACAUUUGAUUUUCAUAAUAAAAAAAUAAAUAAUCUUAAUUUUCAUGAAAACGAUACAAAUUUAUUAUUAUCUACUUCUUCGGAUAAAACAUUAAAAAUUUAUGACAUUAGAAAAAAUCAAGUAGGAUUAGAUAUCGAAUUAGAUAGUACUCCUGAAUCAACAAUAUGGAGUAAAGCAAAUGAUUAUACAAUAUAUUCUACUGAUAUUCAUGGAUAUAUAAAUAAAAUAGAUAUAAGAAAUGCUAUAACAACACCAAAUUGUUUUAAUAAUAAAGAUAAUAUUGUCAAAUUUAAAGCAUUUGAUACAUCCUGUAUAUCAUUAUUAAAUUUGGAAUGUAAUACAAAUUUGGCUUUAGCUGGAUCAGAAGAUGGAAUCAUAAAGGCCUUUGACUUUUCAAAGUUUACCGAAAACGACGACCCCCCCCUUAUUUACACUCGGAAUGUUAAGAAGAACUUGUUUUUUAUGAAGGACAAUAGCGAUUGGUCACACGUCAUAUUUUUCGGAUGCGAUAAUUUAUAUGAUUGGGAUUUAAAAGAGUGUGAAGAAAUAAGGAAACAUUUUAAACUAUGA